AUGACAGCACUUUCCAGGCUUGAGAAGCCGGUGUACAAGGACUACCAGCGUAGUUUCUUCCAGGGGAGGAACAGGGACAUGUAUGUGGACCGCAGCAUCAACGAGGACAACUACAACCUCUUCAGCUUAAACCGUGUCUGCAGGACAGCGGACAAUGCGACAGGCUUCCUGUGUGACGACAGAGUGACCUGUAUCCCUCCCUCUGACCUCUGUAACGGGGUCGUGACCUGCCCCAAAGGAGCCGAUGAGGACACAGACAUGUGCAGUGAUCUCCCCAACAACCUUCCAGGUGGUCUUGUGUUUCGAUGUGGAAACCCUCCGUUUUGGGUCUUUACGGACAAGAAGUGUAACAACUUCAACGACUGUGGGGACUGCUCUGAUGAGAUUGGGCCUUAUGCUGGCUGUGCCCCCUGUGGUGUGUACUGGUGGUCCUGCAUACCCGUGGACUUCCAGUACUGUUCCUGCAUCCCUCGCUGUCUAUGCCGUGAUGGACGCCAGCACUGCUACGACUGGUCUGACGAGUACACCUGCCCCAAAAGUUUAACCUGCUAGACUAACUGCCACAUCCAUCCCCAUCCCCUAAUCUCUGAACCAAAUCCAAGGUGUAUACUCCAGCCAUGUGAACAUUCUGUCAUCAGAGACUGGAUCCACACCAAUGAUCA